AUGGAGAAAAACAAAAAACUGGAGCAACGCAAGGAAGAGUUGGAGAAAAUCUGUGCCGAGAAAAUCUGUGCUGAGAAAAUCUGUGCUGAGAAAAUGUGUGCGGGCAUCGAAGGUCUGAUGAGCAAAAAUGCAGAACUGGAAGAGCUCUAUAAGGAUGCCCAGUACAAAAUCAGUGAACUGCAUGAGGAGAAGCGACAAAAGGAGAAAUUGCACAAAGAUAUGCAGCACAGGCUUCAAGAAGUGCAGAGGCAAAGUCAGGACAUGCAGGAAGCCCAGAAAAUACAGGAAAAUAAAUCUAAGCACCUGGCAGAAAGGCUGGCAGAAAAGCACGAAAAAAUCGAAGCGCUCGAGAUAACAUGCAAGAAACUAGAAGAGCAGAAGGCUGAAAGUGUCCGUGAUCUGCACAGCGUCGUCCUGCAGCACAAAGAGCUGUACGAGCGCUGCCUGAAGAAGAAAAAACUCUUCAAGUUUCUCCGGAAGAACUCUGCUGCUUCUUCAGCUCAAGCACAGCUCGCCUCGCCUGCCACCACCUUUGAGCCAUCUCCUCGACCUUGACCUCUGUGCCUUUCUUUCCUCCAGCCAUCCUCUCUAUCCCUUUCUUCUCUCUCCCUCCUUAUUC